AUGACAUGCACUCUGUUCCCAGCCACACGAGAGUCUGCCUUCGUCCAUGCCAUCGCGUCGGCAGGGGUGGCCUUUGCUGUAACCCGCUCCUGUGCCGAGGGCACGUCCACGAUCUGUGGCUGUGACUCCCACCAUAAAGGACCUCCAGGAGAUGGCUGGAAGUGGGGGGGAUGCAGCGAGGAUGCUGACUUUGGUGUGCUGGUAUCCCGGGAAUUCGCAGAUGCCCGAGAGAACCGGCCAGACGCCCGCUCAGCUAUGAACAGACACAACAAUGAGGCCGGCAGGACGACCAUCCUGGAUCACAUGCACCUGAAGUGCAAGUGCCAUGGUCUCUCAGGAAGCUGCGAAGUCAAGACCUGCUGGUGGGCACAGCCUGAUUUCCGGGCAAUCGGUGACUACCUGAAGGAUAAAUAUGACAGUGCCUCCGAGAUGGUAGUUGAAAAGCACCGGGAAUCACGGGGAUGGGUAGAAACUCUUAGGGCAAAGUAUGCUCUUUUUAAGCCACCAACAGAGCGGGAUCUGGUCUACUACGAGAACUCUCCCAACUUUUGUGAGCCCAACCCAGAGACGGGCUCCUUUGGGACAAGGGACAGAACAUGCAACGUCACCUCCCAUGGGAUCGAUGGCUGUGACCUGCUGUGCUGCGGUCGUGGACACAACACCAGGACUGAGAAAAGGAAGGAGAAGUGUCACUGCAUCUUCCACUGGUGCUGCUACGUGAGCUGCCAGGAGUGCAUACGCAUCUACGAUGUCCACACCUGCAAGUAAACAUAAGUAGGUCUCCAACUGAUGGGAGGUUGCUCCAGAGCAGAGCCAAGGGGUCCAUCGGCCUGUGAUCAGCUGCCACGUGGUAGCCUCACACGUCAGAGGAUGGCAUAAAAAAAUCCUAAUAC